AUGCUGGGUAGCGCCCCGGUCCUCUCGGAGAGUACCCCACACUGUAGCGUUCUUACUCUCGGAGGCUCGUGCUCUAGCGAGUACCGGACACACAUAGACGGUCUACGCUCCAUCGACACCAGUCAACUACCUGCUGGAGACACUUGUGACGAAGCAUACCAAGUUCAGGCGCCAAGUUGGUUCCAUCCAUCGUCAGCGUGCGUGAAGGAGAACUACGUGGCGACGUACACGCGGUUCGUCAUCCGGCACCCGGAUUAUGCUCAGCACAGACACCGCCGGCUAGAUUAUAGACCACCCGUCCGUAGACCGUCGCGAGCUCUAACAUGUACUGGGACACACGGUCGCGGAGGGACCGGACCCAGAGAGGUCCGCCCCGAUACUAUGGACGAGCCGAAGGAGGCUGCCCCGAACGGCCAGGCGGGCCGCGCGCGUGACCGUGCUCCGAAGGAGCGAGCGGAGGUCAGGGAGAGGCGCACUCUUUGUGCCUCCUUGGAGCCCCUCUGUAGCUCGCUGUCCUUAGACCCCCUGACCGGACGGGAGAUAGCACCGGUAGACCUAGCAGCUAUCAGAGUGGCGGCCCCAGCCUGUGCGGCGCCGAACGCUCAUGAGUUAGAGUAG